GUACUUACUGCGAUAUCGAACUCUUUCCGCAGGUUCCUUCAUACCAUAUAGGUGCCGGGGCCAGGUGAGUUCUUUUCAUAAGGCGCCAUUUGAGAAUACGAUAGGGCUGACAGUUGCCAGAUGUAUUUGCGAAGCGCGAUGUAUUCCCGCUCAUCAUCCGUCUUUGAUAGCGAAGUCCACCAUUCUGUACGCAACUUCACACAGGCGGUAAGCCAAUAGGUCCCUACUAAGUGCAGAGGAUGUGCGCGUCGACGAGUCCGUGUAACAUUUGAAGAAGCAUCGGUGCUUAUGCGGCUCUCGACGCCAUUGCGUACCAUGAGAACGCCGACUCUGGAUUCGACAGAGACAGAGACAGAUGUCGAUUCGGGCAACCGCUGCUCUCUGCCCAGCCAUUCCGUGCGUAUGCUUAAAGCUCCUCUCUCGCGUUGGAAUAGGACAUACAGGCACAUGGGAACUCUCCUCGCCGGCAUCUCUGGGAGAGGCGAUUUGGAUGUCACCGACGAUGCAUUCCGGUUCCGGAGAAGGAGUAGGAUUAGGUCCCCUCAACGUCUCCAAGACGACAAAGAGGCACCCUUCAGCGACUCAGCCGAAGUCGAGCGUGAUGCUACUCAUCACGAGAACAGGGCUCCCCACCGGCGACGGUGGGCAACGGUCGUCGCUCUACUCAUACUUAUGCGUGAAGCUUUCCCACCUCGCACCAAUCAUCCCAAACCACGCUGCGUCGGUUCUGCCAAUUUUGUGCUACAGGCCGAGCACAGGACGUAUAGCCAUGGCGACAAGCUGUAUCCCCAGGCAGCCCGAACGACCUUCAAGUUUCUAUCAAGCUCUCGGACACUGACGUUCGAUGCACUCGGGACCCAGGGGUCUAUCCGCUUCGUCCUUGAUAAUGAUACCGGUUUCCAAGACCACGCAGACAUGGCGUCUGAACGACACAUUACGGUCGAUGUCACGGCAUUUUCGGACGAUUGGCUGGCAUUCGAGCAAGCAGCAACGAUUUGCCAAACCGCGCCUCAUCUGACGGAGGCAGGCUAUGUAUCAGAAGGAGUCGUAAUUUCCACCCAGAACACUGACAGAUCUGCCCGCAACCGGACAGCAUUUGAUAUCACAGUUCAUCAACCCGCCCCAAGCUGGACCACUUCGCCGCCUCUACUCCUGCCCAAUAUUUCCGCCACCAUGUUCAGCUUCGACUUCCUUGUUGACAUGGACGAUCGCGUCAGGUUUGACUCGGUUUUCCUGAAAUCCAUGGACAGGAACAUCCGCAUCAAUUCACUGCAUGCAAACAGCGUGCGCGUACAAAACUGGAACGGGGGCAUUAGCGGGUCUUUCAAAUCGGCGCAUCAGAUCGACCUAUAUGCUCACAACGGCGCCGUUACCAUCAACGCUGACCUUGUCGCGAAUGAAUCGUCCGUGAUACCGACGUUGCUAGUGACCACCGUCUACGGGCCCGUCGAAGCAAGCGUAAACCUGCUCGCCCGCUCCAUGACGGAACUCCUUGAGGGCGUGGAACCGCCGAGGUACAAGACAAUGUUCCAUACUAGCAAUGCACCGCUCAGCGUCACGUACCCUGUCGCACCCGAGUCUCACAACCUCACUCUAUCUGCGUCAAACUCACAUGCUCGUUCCACCGUCCGACUUCCGGACUCUUUUGUAGGCGCACUCACGUUGCGCUCGCACUCUCAGCACCGACCACCGAUCGUGCACUUGGACGAGGAAAAGGAUAGGCACAAACGAAGCAUGCAAGUGACGUAUAUGAGCGAACAUCUCAUGACAGUUAUGGUGUCUCGCAAUGACCUCGGUCAUCCGCUUGGUGGAGGUCUCGUAGAUGUCCAAAUGAUAGACAGUGACCUGGACUUGUUGCUGUGAUAUGCUUACACGGCUCUAAUGCAUGCUUAAUUUGUACGGCACCCCCGA